UAGUAGCUAUCGAGCAUAUGUAUCGAAUUAUUGAUGGAAAACAUAUGUAGAGCAUAUACAACCAGCCAAGUGUUUUGAGGGCUCGAACGCGAUAAUACAAAAACUUGGGUUUGCCAUUUAUGACAGUGUAGACAUCAUUAAAAACAAUUUUAUCAAAAAUUGUAUAUCUCCCUUAAAUUGGCGUUAUGGUGAUUACUAAUGAUAUCACUUUACCCACGGAUGAAGAACUUACCGUACAAGAGCUGAACUUGUCGACCUCCGCACUCCGAGCUGGUGCAUUUCAUCUGGGAAAGCAGUGUGAAAAUCAGAAUAAUGAGUUUAUGCUAUGCCGCCAAGAACUGGAUGAUCCCAGAGCGUGCUUAAGUGAGGGAAAGGCUGUAACAAACUGUGCUUUGGAUUUCUUCCGGAAGGUGAAAAAAACUUGCCAUGAAGAGUUUUUACAAUAUGCAACUUGCUUAGAUAAAAGUAGCGGCAACAUGGCUUUUGGACAUUGCCGAAAUACUCAAGGUGUGUUUGAUAAGUGCGUUUCUGAUAACUUGGGUAUUGAUCGCCCCGAUUAUGGAUAUUUCACUCGUGCAAAGAUUCAUUCAACUGAGCGCGAAGCACCACCUAAACCCCAAAAGAAGGAAUAUCCAGAUGCUACACCUGGUUUACCCGAUGAUUACCCCAGGCCACCAGCCAAAUAUGGGGCUAGAUUCCACUGGCUGGAAUAAACAAAAAAAAGGUUAUAAUUACGUCCGAUUUUCGGAUAAGCAUUCACUGGAAAUUAUUAUAUUUUGAAUUGCAAUCAUAGAAAAUACAGUGCUUAAAUAAUUUAAUAUA